AUGAGCACACCUUUAGAAAAUAUAAUCUAUUUAAAGGUACAUUCAAGAGCAAUUUUAGAAGUGAAUUAUCAAUAUGCUGAAGUUUCAAGCCAGUAUAAUCAAGCUUUAACACCACAAUGUUAUUUGUUACUUGGCGAGAAUAUUAACAUUGACACUGAAAAUUGCCCUAUAGAUGAAAGUGAUACUGACAAAACUGCUGAAGUUUUUUUGUCUGACUCGAUACAUUUGCCAUUGCUAUCUUAUUUAAAUGAACGAGAAAAUAUUUUAAAUUUUUCUGUUAAUAAAGAGCAGAUAUUUAAAAGAUUGGAAUUAUUUAAAGUAACUCACCAAAGUUUACAACCAAUGGCACUUCUGCUGCUCAAUAAAAAUAUUUUUAAUUAUGAUUCAUUGAUUCUACAAUUGCUUGAAAUAUUCCCUUCAAAGUUACAAUGGUUAUUUGAUUAUAGUCCAAGCAUUGAAAAUAUGGCAUUAAAAGAAAAAUUGAAAUGUUGGAAAAUAGCAGCUGACUUUAAUUUGAAGAAUUACUACUUUGAUAUUAUUGAUAUCCCAAUUGAAUUUUCUCUUACUUCAAAUGCAAAUUUAAAUUCCAAUUCCAAUUCUUCAUCAUCUACAAUUAUAGCAAGAAAAUCAUGUUCCAUAAUACCAGCCAGAUCUAUCUCAAUGGAUAAUAAUAUGAACUCUCAAAAUAAUCACAAUAGCUCGUCUUCAUCAUUUGUCGAUGAAGAGAGAGAAGUAAAUCAAGAUUUAAAAAAAAUAAUAAAUGAAAUAGAUCGAAUGUUAAAUUAUCUGCGUAACUUAGAUAAUGGAUUACAUUCUCAGUAUAAUAAAACCUCAGAGAUUAUAACAAGAAAGAUAUCGAUAGUAAUUAGUCAAUUAAGGAAGGGGCCUACUAAUGAUAUUCAAAAAGAAAUUGGAAUUAGCGAAAAAGAAAUUUAUAUUUUUAAAAAGGCUUGUGAACAAUGGGAGCUCAUUCAGAACUUACCAAAUAAUGGAAACAUCAAUAACAGUAACAAUAUGAAUAGUUAUAGUAUGACUAGUAAUGCCACAAUUGAUAAUACUACCCUAAAUAUGAAUAUUAAUUAA